AUGGAAAACAAAGAAAAAGUCCUUUACACUCUUGUUGGAACUCGAGGAGGCGUUGUUCUGGGGGAGACUGGGUCAAUGCCUGGGUAUCUAGAGAGCUUUCUUCAGAAGAUGCAGGCAUUCUCAACGAUAAAAUCAGUAAAGGUUAGAAAUGAUAGGAUAACAUAUACCUUCGGAGUAUCUAACAUAUAUUUGGUUGUGUAUAAAGAGGCAGAGAUUGAGAAAGAAAUUGAAAGUGCUGUAAUGGAUGCAAAAGACAAGACAGAAAAAAGUGAAGGCGCAAAAGUUCUGUUUGGCAUAUUCAAAGGGAAAGAAGACGAGGACGCGGUAGACUGCACAGAAAGUAGUCAGAAAGAGGUGGCUGCGAUAGAUGACUCAGAUACAGAGGAAGAAACAACAGGAUGGGAUAAGUGGAAAAAACCAAGGAAUCUUCUUAAUUUUUUGACUGCAAAAAAGGAAGUAAGCGAGAAGUCAAUUCAGGACCAUCUUCUGACAAGAAAUGUUCCGUACGUUUUGAGCAGAAAAAUAGCAUGCGACAUAACAAAGGUGAUGAAAAAUGAAGAGAAAACAGGCAGUAUGUCUGAAAAUGAAAAGCUAAGGCACGGGUUCAAGCAAGUUUUAUCUGAGAUAGUUCCUACACUCUCUCCAGAGAAGAUUAUUGAGGAAAUACAUAGUCACAAGAGAAAUGGAAAGGGCCCGUAUGUAUUCUGCAUGGUGGGCGUGAAUGGCGUAGGGAAAUCAACCACGCUUUCAAAGCUGUGCCUAUGGAUCCUUAAAAAUGGAUUUAGAAUAUGCGUGGGCGCAUGUGAUGGGUUCAGAAGUGGUGCAAUUGAGCAGCUGGAAAAGUAUGUCUUAAGGUACCAGGCAAGAGGGCAUGCCAUAUCCCUGUAUGAAAAGGGAUACAAGAAGGAUGAGUCUUCAAUUGCAGGAAAGGCAAUUGCGCAUGCGCAGCAGCACGGGUUUGAUGUGGUAUUGAUAGAUACGUGUGGUAGAAUGCCAGGAAACACGCAGUCCAUGCUUUCUCUGUCAAAGCUAAUCAGAGUCUCAAAGCCAAAUAAGAUAUUCUAUGUAGGCGAGGCUUUGGUGGGAAAUGACUCAAUUGAGCAAAUUAAAGGAUUUAAUGAAUAUAUUGAAAGAGCAUGUGUGGACAAGUCAAUAGAUGGUAUUGUAGUUACUAAAUGCGAUGCAGUAGAUGAGAAGAUUGGAACAAUAGUUGGCCUUGCCCAUACAGUAGACAAGCCUGUUGUUUUUAUAGGAGUAGGCCAAAAGAAUGUUGACUUGCUGCCCUUUGACAUAGACAGCUUGUGCGAAGCACUCUAUAUAUAA